UCUUGCCUGGAAAAUCCCAUGGAUGGAGGAGCCUGAUGGGCUGCAGUCCAUGGGGUCGCGAAGAGUCGGACACGAUUGAGCGACUUAGCAGCAGCAGCAGCAGCAGCAUCACCCAUCAAGCUUCAAUCCCAAAUCACACUCGUCUGUUCCUUCUCCAUACGCCCUGAUAUUUCUAUUGCUAGCCAUUCUCCCAGUUAUGCAGACUUUAAGCUUUCAAGUUUUUUAGUUUGUGUUAUCACUUUUUAUACCGUCUAAGAUUUACUACUCAAAAUGUCCAAAGGUCAGAAUAGGAUCUAUGAGCAUCACUUGGGAGUUUACUCGAAAUGCAGAUUCUCAGGCUGCAUCCAAUCUAUACUGAAUCAGAGCACACAUUUUAAUGAGAUUCCCAGAUGAUUCAAAAGCACAUUAAUAAAUACCUUCAGAGCACUACUCUAACAUUUAGAAGAAAGAGAUCAUCUCUCUCAUCCAUGGGACCUUAGCACAUGGUGGCCACUCUGAUCCUUGUUCACUGCCUGCCUGUGUGUAUAACUGUUUCAACUAAAGAAACUCUUGACGAAAGUGAAAGAGGAGAGUGAAAAAGCUGGCUUAAACUCAACAUUCAAAAAACUAAGAUCAUGGCAUCUGGUCUCAUCACUUCAUGGCAAAUAGAUGGGAAACAUUGGAAACAGUGACAGACUUUAUUUUUGGGGGCUCCAAAAUCACUGCAGAUGGUGAUUGCAGCCAUGAAAUUAAAAGACGCUUGCUCCUUGGAAGGAAAGCUAUGACCAACCUAGACAGCAUAUUAAAAAGCAGAAAUACUACUUUGCCGACAAAGGUCCAUCUAAUCAAAGGUAUGGUUUUUCCAGUAGUCAUGUAUGGAAGUGAGAGUUGGACCAUAAAGAAAACUGAGUGCCAAAGAAUUGAUGCUUUUGAACUGUGGUGUUGGAGAAGAGAAGACUCUUGAGAGUCCCUUGGACUGCAAGGAGAUCAAACCAGUGAAUCCUAAAGGAAAUCAGUCCUGAAUAUUCAUUGGAAGGACUGAUGCUGAAGCUGAAACUCCAAUACUUUGGCCACCUGAUGUGAAGAACGGACUUAUUGGAAAAGACCCUGAUGCUGGGAAAGACUGAAGGCGGGAGGAGAAGGGGACGACAGAAGAUGAGAUGGUUAGAUGGCAUCACUGACUUGAUGGACAUGUGUUGGAAUAAGCUCUGGGAAUUGGUGAUGGACAGGGAAGCCUGGCAGGCUGCAGUCCAUGGGGUUGCAAAGAGUUGGACACGACUGAGUGACUGAACUGAACUGUACAUAAUUGGGUCAUAGCCCUCUUGCCUUCUCCAAAUUCCUUUUUGCAGUUCUCUUCCAUAUCAUCAAUUUUUCCUUCUCUGCCAAUCAUCUCCAUCAGCAUACAGGUUCUGCAAAUGGUCAUCAAAAGGAACCAGCAAACCUGGCUGAUUUAAGCAAAAGCGGACUUUAUUAAAAGGACACUGUAGGCGAAUCACUAUCUCCUCCGCACUGCAUGCAGGAAUCCGUCACUAGCCUUGGAGCCAGUAUUGCCCACACAAACUUGAGCGUCCUACAGCCACUGCUGCCCCAGAAAGUGCUCCUCCCACUCCCCACUUAUCCCCUCCCAGCUCCAGUCUCCAUCCAAGCGGGUACAUCUGAUUGGUGAAGCCUGCAUCCUGACCACACUCUACCUGAUAGGGAGACUGGGAGGAAGUAUCUAACAUGUUCAGCGUCUACAAUAGAGGGAGGACACUGCCUCCCACCAAAAGUCAUAAUUUAUAGUUUAGGGAAUUUCAGAAAUGUCCUUCAAAAAAAAGGAUUCAGAUGUUAUUGAAAGGUUAAAAAAAUAAUAAUUCCAUUUCUACCACACUCAUUUCUCUUUUUUCAAAGUUUAUUUUUUUCCUUUCCCCCUUUUGGUGGAAUUAAAAAAGGUUGUCCACACUUGUCUUUAUUUCCUCAUAUCCUUUCUACCCAAUCUAGCAUUGUUUCUCAAAAGCCAUCAUAUUCCCAAAUCCAGCAGGCACUUCUCAGCUCAUGCAGUUUAACCUUGCAAUGCUAUUGGAUAGUCUCCCAGCUCCCAUGAACUUAUGGUCUCUUGGAAUUUCACUUUUUUCCAAUUGCUUCAGCUCAGUUUUCUUUGCUGACUUUCGCUCAGCUCAAUCUCUGUAUGUUUGUUUUCAGAGCUCUAUCCCUUCCUCUUUAACUCCAUUCACUCCCUAAGUAUUCUUUCAAUUUCAAUUUUUUCCUGACUUAAAAUUCUCAAAUCUGAUAAUUCUUGCCUUUAGAAAAAAAUCUACAGACCUGUUUACUGAGCUCGAGUUUUGCAUCUGCAGCUGCUUACUUUGUACUUCUCCAUGUAUGUCUAAUACAUAUAUUAAUUUUAAUAUGUCCAAAGAUAAUUCUUACUUCUUAAUUUCCCUCUCUAAAUUGGUUCCUUAUGAAGUCCCUCCAAUUUCAAUAAAGGGCUUCAUCAUUCAGCUGGUGUUUAAGCCAAAAAUCUCAGAAUCAUCCUUGAUUUAUUUUUCUUAAACUCUCAUAUCCCAUUUAUCCACAAGUCCAUAUUUUCUACCACCCAAAUUCAUUACAGCUCUCCAUUCCCUAUAAGCACUCCCCUAGUCUAAGCCAUCAUCAUCUUUUGCUUAUUCCCAAAUUGUCAUUUGAAUUGGCCCAUUUCUUCCUCUCCAUCCUCAAUUCACAGCCCCCUCUCCAGACCCCCCACAUAACUUUGCUCCAUUGAUCACCUUCCUGUUCUUCAAACAAGCCAAGCUCUUUGCCAUCCCAAGAUUUUGCAUUUUUCUUCUGCCUAGAAUGUCAGCAAUACUAAAUCCAUGCCAGCUUAUCCCAUUCUGACUCCACGUUAUCCUUCCAGAUCCCUCUUGGUUUUUACCUUCCCUAAACUAGCCCACCACUUACCUUAUCACCUCAUUACCUUAUCUUGCUUACUUUUCCUUUAUAAAGCAUUUUAAAAUUCUGAAAUUACCUUAUUUACUAGUUUGGAGUGUUUCUCCCCUGACUAGAAGCAGAAUCAAAGCAGAAACCUGUCUUUUUGAUUCAUGUUUGUGCCCCGUGGGAUGUCUGAUACACAGUAGGCAUUCCAUAAAUAUUUUGUUAAGUAACUGAAUUGAUAAUUAAGUGAAUGACUGAUGUCAUAUUCCAUUGAGAUUCCCUAACCUUUUCAUUCCUAUCCAAAUGACUCAUCUUUACUCACUGGUGAUAGCUUGAUAGCUAGUUAUCUAAGACAAGUUUUGUUCAUUUACUUUUGAUUCUGCCUGGGGUUAUUAAACAUUCUCCUUAAUAAUAAUAACAAUAAUGCCUUGAAAAGCUAGUAAGAAAACCAAAGGUUAUGAUGCUGAUAUAACUCAGAAUAUCUCCUGGCUGAUGUGGGCAGUAAGUGAUGUUCACCCAUCAAUCAUUUUUCCACUUCCUGCAACUGAAUCUCCCUGGAGGAGUCAUCAGAUGCUCUCAAUCUUGAAGAUUGACAGGAAGUCCCUGCAGACACCAACUCUAUGCAACAUCAGGAGGGAUCCUUGACACUAAGAUUUAAAAGCCCCACUCUCAGAAAGAUUUAGAAAACUCACAGGCUAAGUUUUAGUUAUCACAGCUUCUGGAAAGGUGCAGAACAUGAAGGGAUUCAAAAGUCUGGUGGUAAUGACCUUGACCUUCUUCCUGGUGUUUUCUUUCCUGGGAAAUUGCAACAGUGCUCCGCAGAGACUCGUUGAGAGAAGGAACUGGACUCCUCAAGCUAUGCUCUACCUGAAGGGUGCACAGGGGCGCCGCUUCCUUUCCGACCAGAGCCGGAGGAAGGACCUCUCCGACCGGCCGCCGCUCGAAAGACGAAGCCCAAAUUCCCAACAACUAACUCUUCCAGAGGCAGCAGCUGUACUAUUGGCUUUUUUGCAGAAACCACAAGAAGCUGGAGAAGAAAACUUGGAUCAAACCAGAUUCUUAGAAGACAGUCUGCUAAACUGGUGACAAUAUACCAGAUUCUAUUCAAUUAUCAUUCUAUUCUUGUUGAAAACAUGAGCCACGUGAAUAAAGUCUGUGGACCCUUUUUCCUUCAUUUGUAAUCUUAGGAACAUGUGCAGCCAGUUUUAUUCUUCCAGAAGCUAAAGUGAUGCUUCAUUCUUAGAACAUCACUGCUUUCUUCCAUGACUUCAGAUCCUGUUUAGAUCACCUGGUAUCUUACUCUUGAAUUUAACCCAUUUAUAGUUAUUAGGUUGAAGACUCUUUAAAGUGUUCCUUCUUUUUGUUACAAUACCCAUCUUGAUUUAAUCAUUCUUAGUUGUUUUUUUUUUUUUUCCAUUUUAUUACCCACUUGGAUUGUCUUAGCACUCAGCAGUGAAUCUCCUUUCCUUUCCCCCCUUUCCUCACCUCCAAGGAGAGAGAGGUGGGAAGCAUGGGAGGAUGGGAAAGAGUGAAAUGUGAUUGUUAGUAUCCAAGAAAGGUGAGUUGUCAGGAAGGGAAGCAGGGGGGAUGACUGGGAAGAAGCCCUGUGAUCAGUCAGGACACUGUGGUUGCUGAGCGAGGGGACCCUUGGUGAGGCAGGAGCCAGUGGAAGGUUCUACAGCAGGGUGCUCCCCCUGUGCUCUCUGGGGAUUUCCUUGAAUUCAGUUUAGAAACGAGGAUCUAAAAAUUACUGGAAAAUAAGAUGGAAACACACUCCACUCCUGGAUAUAUUGUACAAAAGAAAUGAAUCUUUUUUUUCGGAGCCAUUUUCCUUGGCUAAGCAGAUUCAAAGAUUGCUUACUCUGUCUAGAACUUGAGGCUUUAUUUGCCCCUGGAGGAGGAAAUAGCAACCCACUCCAGUGUUCUUGCCUGAGAAAUCUCAAGGACAGAGGAGCUUGGCAGGCUGCAGUUCACAGGGUUGCAAAGAGUCAGACAUGACUGAGAGAUUGAGCACGCACUAGACUUUAUUUGCAUUAAAACAUAACAUAAAGGCACCCCAAGAAUGUAAGUGCAUGAUACUAUGCCUCAUUUAUUCAGGUUUUAAAGUCAACUAUAAAGUCGACAGUUUUUCAGUACUGUCUGAAAAAUAAAAUAUGCACUACCUACAACAAGCAUAUAGUAUAUUUAUUUGGAAUUACAAUAUGACCAGCAUGUUAAUUAUUUCUGACUUAAUUAAUUGAAAGUUGUUACUGAUAAUUGUCAUAAGUGGAAAGCAUUGUCAAUUCUUAUUAUCAUCUGUACAUAAGCUAUUAGUAAGUAGGUAAAGAAUAUCAUUAUAUGAAUGUCUCUGUAACUUGGAAUUACAGUUUUACUGUAUUAAGUAAACAAAAGCCUAUAUGUAAGAUGUGUCUGUAUCUCAUUUCAUAAUUGAAUAACGAAACUGUUUUCAAGUUAAUGUAACACGGAUCUCUGCCAAAAACUUAAUAUGCUAGCAUUAAAAAAUUCU